CCCUCCCUGACGCUCGACAUUCUCCUUGCCGCCUCCUUUUCCCCCUCUACGAGCACAAGAAAGCAACUCCUUGCCCCUCAAGAUGCCUCGUGCCGCAAAACCACCGGCCAAGUCACGCCAUGACCCCCUGCAUGUUCAGCUUGGCGAAGAUGAGGUUCACGCAAAAUACGGUCGGAUUUCGCAGCCUGGGAAGCGAAGAAAGUCUAAGGGGAAGGCAGAUGAUGAGGAGGAAGGCGGUGAUGUGAUCCUCGACCCUAAGACAUCCAGGCGCAUCUUCGAGCUUGCGCGCGACCAACAAGAGGAGCUAGGGGAAUGGGACGAUGAGGAGCAGGACGAGGCAAAUGAUGAGGGCAGACCAAACUUUUCAGUCCCCCGCGCGCAAAACUUUGAGGAUGAGGAUGAGGAUGACCUCGAACGGUAUGAACAAGACGACUAUGAAGAGGAGGUUGAGGAGAUUGAAGUCGACGAGGGGGACAUGAAAACACUCGAUGCGCUGCUACCCGCAAAUGCCGGCGAGCGACGGACACUAGCGGACAUCAUCUUCUCAAAAAUCGAAGACAUGGAGUCGGGGAAGACGACAGUCAUUCGAAAAACCACACAAGACCCAGAUCAAGCACCAGAUCCUGCUGCAGGCCUAAAUCCAAAAGUAGUCGAGUUAUACACAAAAGUUGGUCUCGUCCUCUCACGCUACAAGUCCGGCCCACUCCCCAAGCCAUUUAAGAUCAUCCCCUCACUGCCCGCAUGGGCGCGCAUGCUUGCGCUCACAAAACCGGAAAAUUGGACUGCACAGGCAUGUCAUGCCGCGACACGCAUAUUCGUCUCGCAGAUGAAGCCGCCGCAGGCGCGCGUGUUCCUCGAGGGCGUGCUGCUCGACGCGAUCCGCGAGGACAUCCGCUUGACGCGCGAGGGCGCGCGCAAGAACAAGAAUCACCGCAAACUCAACGUUCACUACUAUGAGGCGAUGCGCCGCGCGCUUUACAAGCCUGCGGCAUUCUUCAAGGGGAUUAUCUUCCCAUUGCUCAGCACCGGAUGCACGCUACAAGAAGCUGCGAUUAUCGCGUCCGUGCUCGCCAAAGUGAAGGUUCCCCUCAUGCAUUCAGCAGCCGCGCUCAUCCGACUAGCGAAUAUGGACUAUUCAGGCCCUAACUCGCUAUUCAUCCGCGUGCUUCUCGACAAGAAGCAUGCGCUGCCUUACAAGGUCGUCGACGCGCUCGUCUUCCACUUCAUUCGCCUCUCGAAUACGUAUAAGGCGCGUAAAUCGGGCGAUGUCGACAAGUUGCCUGUACUAUGGCACCAGUCGCUUCUCGUCUUCUGUCAAAGGUACGCCGCCGACUUGACGCCUGACCAAAAGGACGCGCUGUUGGACGUCGUGCGCGCGAACCCUCAUCCCCAGAUUGGGCCCGAGGUCCGGCGGGAACUGGUGAACUCUGUGACCAGAGGCGAGCCACGGCCAGACGCUGAUGGCGAUGUAGUAAUGGCCUGA